AUACAGAAGAGUUGUCUAUGCAAGUUCAUCGAGGUCUAGUGGAUAGAACAGACCGGCAUACCAGUUAAAAUGGAGCUAACAAACAUAGGAGGCAGUGCCAAGUCAUUGUUUCACCACCGUGUUCCGAGCUUUGAUGAUGCUGCAGAUUCAAUUGCAGAGGAGGAUGACAACCUUCAACUCCAGUGGGCUGCGAUUGAGAGACUACCAACAUUUAAAAGGCUUAGAACUUCAUUGUUUGAAAUUGAGCAUGAAAGUAGAGAAGGAAACACUGGAGAGGAAACUGAAGGCAAGAGGGUGACUGACGUUACAAAGCUUGGUGCUGCAGAAAGGCAUCUCUUCAUCGAGAAGCUUAUCAAGCACAUCGAGAAUGAUAAUCUUCGGUUGCUGCAUAAAAUAAGGGAGAGGAUAGACAGGGUAAGUGUAGAGUUACCGACUGUGGAGGUAAGAUACAAGAACCUCUCUGUGGAAGCAGAAUGUGAGGUGGUUCAAGGAAAGCCUCUCCCUACACUAUGGAACUCUAUUGUGGGCUUUUUAUCGGUUUUUACGAGGGUAACGCGGAUCAAGCCUCAAGGAGCCAACAUAAGCAUUCUGAAAGAUGUCAGUGGCAUCAUCAAACCAUCAAGACUUACUCUUCUUCUUGGACCUCCAGGCUGUGGGAAAACCACAUUAUUACUCGCCCUUGCUGGUAAACUUGACCAGUCCCUAAAGGUCACAGGUGAAAUCUCUUAUAAUGGCUACAGGCUAGAUGAAUUUGUUCCUCGGAAAACUUCAGCCUAUAUUAGUCAAUAUGAUCUGCACAUUCCUGAGAUGACUGUCAGAGAAACAAUUGACUUUUCAGCUCGCUGCCAGGGUGUUGGAAGCAGGACAGAUAUGAUGAUAGAGGUUAGCAAAAGAGAAAGAGAAGCAGGAAUUUUCCCUGAUCCGGACAUUGAUACCUACAUGAAGGCAAUUUCAGUAGAAGGGCAAAAAAGAAAUCUCCAAACAGAUUAUGUUUUAAAGAUCCUUGGACUGGAUAUCUGUGCUGAUGUCAUGGUUGGUAGUGCACUGAGAAGAGGCAUAUCAGGUGGUCAGAGGAAAAGACUAACAACAGGAGAGAUGAUUGUUGGCCCCACAAAGGCUCUAUUCAUGGAUGAAAUAUCAACAGGAUUAGACAGUUCCACAACCUUUCAGAUUGUUACCUGUCUUCAGCAAUUGGUGCAGAUCACAGACAUAACAGCAAUGGUUUCACUUCUUCAGCCAGCACCUGAAACAUUUAAUCUAUUUGAUGAUAUAAUACUGAUGGCAGAGGGGAAGAUUGUAUACCAUGGUCCUCGCAGUGACGUGCUUCAAUAUUUUGAGGAUUGUGGUUUCAAGUGCCCAGAAAGAAAGGGUGUUGCUGACUUCCUCCAAGAGGUAAUCUCCAGGAAAGAUCAAGCACAAUACUGGUGUCACACUGACACCCCAUACAGUUAUGUUUCUGUGGGUCGAUUCUCCGAAAUGUUCCAAGCAAGUUAUUUAGGAGUGAAGUUGAAAGAUGAGCUGUCACAAGAAUAUGAUAGAUCAAAGUGUCAUCGGAAUGCUUUGUCAUUUACCACAUACUCCUUGAACAAAUGGGAAUUAUUCAGAGCUUGCAUGGCUAGAGAGCUGCUGCUCAUGAAACGGAAUUCAUUUGUCUAUGUAUUCAAAACAGCUCAGCUUGUCAUCACAGCAUUCAUAACAAUGACAGUGUUUCUACAUGCUCAAAUGAAAGAGGACAUGACGAGUGCAAACUACUUGAUGGGAUCUAUGUUUUAUGCACUUGUGAGACUCUUGACUAAUGGAGUUGCAGAACUAGCCUUGACAAUCACUAGGCUUCCUAUUGUUUACAAGCAAAGAUCAUUCUACCUGUACCCUACUUGGGCUUAUUCUGUUCCAGCCUCUAUCCUGAAAAUUCCUCUUUCACUAGCUGACUCUAUACUCUGGACAGCUAUAACUUACUAUGUUAUUGGCUAUAGCCCCGAAGUGCAAAGGUUUUUCUGUCAGUUUCUUUUACUGUUUGCGCUGCAUCUAGCAUCAACAUCCAUGUGUCGUUUCUUUGCCUCAAUUUUCCAAACUUUGGUCGUUGCAACAACUGUUGGUUCUGUGGUUUUGGUACUAAUGUUUCUCUUUGGAGGCUUCAUUCUUCCACGACCCGCUUUACCACCUUGGUUGAGAUGGGGCUUCUGGCUUUCUCCCAUGACGUAUGGGGAAAUAGGCUUAUCAGUAAACGAAUUCCUUGCUCCUCGCUGGCAAAAGGUUUUGCAGGGAAACACAACUAUAGGGAAGGAGGUUCUAACCACUCAUGGCUUGAAUUUUGAUGGCUACUUCUAUUGGAUAUCGCUAGGAGCACUGUUUGGGUUCACAUUACUUUUUGAUUUUGGAUUUGUCUUAGCUUUAACUUACUUAAAACCUCCGAGGAUGUCUCGAACUAUAAUAUCAAAAAAGAGGCUGUCUCAACUACAAGGAAGAGAAGCUGCUAAAGCAGAGAAUGGUUCAGAUCCACCUUCUUUUCCUCCAAGUACAGCAGAUGGAAGGAAGAUGAGUUUGCCAUUUCAACCAUUGACAGUAGCAUUUAGGGAAGUGCAAUACUUUGUUGACGUCCCUACGGAAAUGAGAAAGAAUGGUUUCAAUCAAAAGAAGCUUCAGCUGCUUCAUGACAUCACAGGUGCAUUCAGGCCUGGGAUUCUCACAGCACUGAUGGGUGUUAGUGGUGCUGGAAAAACAACUCUUAUGGAUGUUCUUUCUGGAAGGAAAACUGUUGGUAUCAUUGAAGGAGAAAUAAGAAUAGGAGGCUAUCCUAAAGUUCAGAAGACAUUUGCUAGAAUAUCAGGUUAUUGUGAGCAGAAUGACAUACAUUCCCCCCAAAUUACUGUUGAAGAGUCAGUCAUAUACUCUGCUUGGUUACGGUUGCCUCCAGAGACAGACAGAGACACAAGAGUGAGAUUUGUAGAGGAAGUGAUUGAAACAAUUGAACUUGAUGACAUAAAAGAUUCAUUAGUUGGCAUACCCGGGCAAAGUGGCCUUUCUACAGAACAGCGCAAGAGACUAACAAUUGCAGUGGAGCUUAUUUCUAAUCCAUCAGUCAUAUUUAUGGAUGAACCCACAUCAGGUUUAGAUGCCAGAGCAGCUGCAAUUGUCAUGCGUGCAGUGAAGAAUGUUGUUUCCACAGGAAGGACAGUAGUCUGCACCAUACACCAACCAAGCAUUGAUGUAUUUGAGGCAUUUGAUGAGUUGAUUCUGAUGAAAAUUGGAGGAGAGAUUAUUUACUCUGGACAACUUGGUCAUCAUUCAAGCAAUCUCAUCAAGUAUUUUGAGGGUAUAUCUGGGGUGCCAAAGAUUAAAGACAAUUAUAACCCAGCAACAUGGAUGUUGGAAGUUACAUCUGCAUCAAUGGAAGCAAAACUUGGAUUAGAUUUUGCCAAGAUUUAUAAGGAGUCAGCUCUGUAUGAGAAUACUGUAGAAUUGGUGAGUCAAUUAACUGCACCUCAGCCAGGUUCAAAAGACUUACACUUCCCAACUACCUUUGCACAAAGCAGCCGGGUACAGUUUAAAGCAUGCCUUUGGAAGCAACACCUAUCCUACUGGAGAAGUCCUCUAUACAAUGUGGCACGUUUCAGUUAUACGAUUGUCGUGUCACUAUUGAUAGCAGCAGUUUUUUGGCAGAAAGCACAAGAAAUCCACAAUGAGCAGGAUUUAUUUAACAUUCUCGGAUCAAUGUAUGCUGCUCUCAUUUUCUUGGGCAUAAACAACUGUGCAACAGUUCUACCUCAUGUGGCAACAGAGCGCACUGUUCUAUACCGAGAAAAAUUUGCAGGAAUGUACUCAUCAUGGAAUUAUUCAUUUGCACAGGUGGUGAUUGAGAUACCUUAUGUAUUAUUGCAAGCAAUUCUAUAUACUGCUAUCACAUAUCCAGCAAUAGGGUAUUGUUGGUCAGCUUUCAAGGUGUUUUGGUACAUUUAUGCAACAUUCUGCACAUUUCUAUAUUUUGUAUACCUUGGGAUGCUGAUAGUUUCCUUGAGCCAGACUUUGGAGAUAGCUUCCAUACUGGCAGCUGCAACCUACCCUAUACUGAAUCUUUUCUCCGGUUUCCUUAUCCCAGGACCGAAAAUUCCCAAGUGGUGGGUGUGGUGCUAUUGGAUCUGUCCUACAUCUUGGUCCCUCAAUGGUUUCUUAACUGCACAAUAUGGAGACAUGGACAAAGAAAUAUCAGUAUUUGGGAAGCUGAAGACUGUCAGUUCUUUUCUGCAAGAGUACUACGGUUUUCAUCCUGACCGCCUAGCCCUUGUUGCUGUUAUUCUCAUGGCUUUCCCACUUGCCUAUGCAUCUAUUUUUGCCUAUUGCAUUGGAAAAUUAAAUUUCCAGAGGAGGUGAAGGAGACCCAAAAAAGAAAAAUUUUUUUUAAAAAAAGUGGAAACAGAAGACAUAUGAUGCAGCUAUGGACCAUCAGCAUGUUGAUAUUUAUAAGAUUCUCAAAUGAAGAACU